ACUUUUUUGUGAAACGUCUCGCUCUCUCGCUUCCAUGUUUGUUCGUGGUCAUUUUGCAUUUCUGUGCUAGAUUUUCCAGAUUAGCAUUUAAUAGAUGAUUUUAUUCGUGUAACUGUGUAAUUAAUGAAAUUUGUGACAUCAAGGCGACCUCGUGAGGACUUGUCGCCCAACAAAAAGCGAUAAACGGCGAUAUAAUAACAGGGAGGGCGAUGGCGACAAACAGGAGCGGUGCCGCGCGGCCGAACGGCGCGCCGCAGACCAAAGUGUGCCAGUUCAAGCUGGUGCUGCUCGGCGAGAGCGCCGUGGGCAAGUCCUCGCUGGUGCUGCGCUUCGUCAAGGGCCAGUUCCACGAGUACCAGGAGAGCACGAUCGGCGCCGCCUUCCUCACGCAGACCGUGUGCCUCGAUGACACCACCGUCAAGUUUGAGAUUUGGGAUACUGCGGGACAGGAGAGGUACCACAGCUUAGCACCCAUGUACUACCGAGGGGCGCAGGCCGCCAUCGUAGUCUACGACAUCACCAACCAGGACACAUUCGGGCGCGCGCGCAACUGGGUCAAAGAGCUGCAGCGGCAGGCGUCGCCGUCGAUAGUGAUCGCGCUCGCCGGCAACAAGAGCGACCUGGCCGCCAAGCGCAUGGUCGAGUUCGAGGAGGCCCAGGCCUACGCUGAUGAGAACGGCUUGUUGUUUAUGGAGACCAGCGCCAAAACCGCCAUGAACGUUAACGAUAUUUUCCUAGCGAUCGCGAACAAGUUACCAAAGAGUGAAGGCGGCGGCGGCGCGGCGGCGGGCGGCGCGCGGCGCCUCAACGACGGCGAGCAGCCGCGCGCCUCCUCCUGCUGCAAGUGAUACACGGGGCAGAUAAAUUCGCUACCCUGGUCGGGCGCGCUCGGCGCAUGAUCCGUACGUAGCCGCGGCGCCCACAUACUAGCUAUAAUACACGUACGAGAUGUAAUUAAUAAAAGAUAUAUUUAAUUUGGUUCAUGUUUUAGGCGGACAUAGCGCGGGGAUGGCGCGGGCGGCGCGUGUACCUUAGAAAUUUGUACACAAUACCACACCACGACCGUGUACACGUAUAUUCAGAAUGUACUUGACUAUCUGGGGUAAAUUAGGAUAAGAUUGUUUUGUAUCUAAAUGGCACUGAUGCAUCACCCCUCGUGCGGCAAGAUGCUUCGAAAUGGACAUGCGACGGCCGCCAUUUUUAAUACUGAAACCGCCUCGAGGCACCGCACGGCACGAAAAUUUAAUUUUUUUGUCGCUCGAGAGGAUAAACAGAUACAAAGACUUUAUGGUCAGUUGGUAUACGGUCGCUGAUUUCUUGUGGAGGGUACACACAUGUUAAUAACUCGUAGUUAGAGAGCUAUUUAAUAUAUUAAAACGUUUACCCUAUAGGGUAACUCGCUGCGUGUCCGUACGCGCGCCGCUCGCGUCCGUUUUAGUCUAAUCUACAAUUUAACAGUUAAUUGUAUAAAAUACUUGGUUAGAAAGCUUCACGGUUCUCAAACUUCACUUAUUAUAUUUUAACCACUGAAUUUACUUUUACACGCUUUCAUUUUAAACUCUCCGGCCGUAGGGUCGUUCCAUCGCUGUCCAAAUUGUGGUGAAGGUGCAUUUACAUUCGUUCACUCACAUCAUUCGAUCGUUCAUUGUCAUCAUAGUGUCAAAAAGAAACCAAUAAAUAAUAUAUAUGAAAAAAUCCGCUUCUCUGGCACACAUAUAACCAAAAAAAAUAUAAUUAUUAUAAAAAUCAAUUUAUUACAAUCUGUCAGAAUCUAUUCUAAAGAUGAUUUAGUUUUUUUACCUGUUUGACUAUUGAUUAUACCAUAAUCACACAGGAACCUUUACUAAAAAAUAAUUUAUUGUAUCGAGCUGGAUUCUCGACAAGGAAUAUUAAAACCAUUAAUGAAUUAUUAUCUUUAUGAAACAUAAAUAUAACAUAUAAUUUAUACAAAAAUACUACACGCUGUCAUUGUUCUUGAGUAUAAAUGAUUAACUGAUCUUUGUCAAAUGUCACGGUUUCUGUCACUAAAUUAAAAUCCCGCUCACUCGCAUCACUCAUGCCUACUAUGAUAUAUCAAUUCACCACCGCCCUACACCUACAACGCAAUAAAGGUCUACAAACUGGACUUUUGAUUAUAGCUGGCCAGACUCAGAAAAUAAUAACAAAAAGUCCGCCAUUUGUACCUUCAUGUAUUGUGCAAUAAAAAUUAAAUAAUUAAAUAACAGUAUAUUACAAGUUUCGAUCAAUCGAUGUUUGUUGGUUACCUUUCAUUGAAGGGACGAGUACAAUGUCAGGAUGGCCGUGUCGGACAUGGCGAAUUAUAUUUACAACUGGUAAUAUUGAUAUUAAAAUAAUGCUCCUUUAAUGUCUGUGCAAUAUUCUUUUUAGAACGAGACAAUAGUUUAUAUUUAGCGACGUCCCGUGAUAUAAGAUCGUUGUUAAAAAAAAAAUGUUUUAAUGGUGUUUUUUUCUGGUCAGCUAAAUCAAUAGUUUAACGGGUAAUAUUCUAAUGUUGUUCACAAACUCAGUGUUCACUUGCAAAUUAUAAACCGCAUAAAACGUAAUUAAGUAUUGACAGUUAGAAUGGAGCACAACUAGUUUCUGUCUCUCUUACUCUGUACUUUGUCUAGAGAGACAACAACUGUAUGUGCCACUCCAGUAUUGCGUCGUGUAGGGCGUCGUCACACACAUGUGCAUAGUUAUUUUAAAUUAGAUUUACAUCUCAGUUAGGACGUUAUUUUAUAUACCUAAUAAAAUAAUCAUUGGACAAAUUUGUUCUAUAUUACUUGUAUUAGUAUAUUUUCUGUAUGAUUAUAUAUUUUUAAGAGAAGUGUAACUAGAGGGGUGUUGUGGCAGUUAACUUUAAUGUAAAGGUUAUUAUUUAGCAUUCCACUCGCCGCUUGCUUCGCGAGUUUAUAUACAUGGGGGAAUUUGGUGGCGCGCCAUAUGUUCAAUGCCAGGGUUCAUAAAUAUUCGAUUUUAUGGUAUCCUUUGAUAUUGUUACAACUUUGCCCAUUCGGCUUGGUUAUUUAGGGAAAAUUAUUUGAAUCCUUAAAUUUUCUAAUAAGAUAUUCCGGGCAUUGAUAAAGGGUGGGUAAAGUUGGACGAUUUUUGGGUAAUGUAAUUUUUUGUAACAUCUUUCGUGCUUGGCAUUAAGUAAGCGACAGUACUCUAUAUUCUCGGUCGUCUAUGUGCAUCGCGUCACUCGUCUAUAUGUGAAGGGAACGUGUGUAGGAACACCUCGAGAGUGCAAAGUCCUGACUUGAGGCAUAUUUGAACCGGCUGCUGAGCAUGCUUUUUGAAAAUUAAAAUCAAAUAAAAAAAAAGGCAAAGUGGCUUAUACAAUUCAGUAAUAGGGCAAGGAACUCUAGAUACAGAUCAAUGAUAUGGGAAUAAUGUGACGUUGUCUAAGUAUGCAAAGAGGUCCUUCGCGGUCGGUCCAAGUACGCCUAAAGCUUGUAUCGCUUAGAUUGUUUGUGAUAAAUCUAACCGCAAAAACCCGUUCUACGCGUGAAGUUAUAUUUGUUAUUUAAAAUGUCCCAACAUUUUGUAUAGUUCCGGUAUUAGAUAUUGGGCGUCGGCGUUCUAAGCCGCCAUAUUGAAUACUUACAGACUUGGUCAUAUCAAAUGAAAGCAAUCUUCGGAGCUAUUUAGAGGCCUGAGUAUAUGAUAAUGAAUUAGCAUUUGAUUUUAAACUGUAUUUAUCAAUAUGGCGCCUUAGGAUAUGCGUAGCCAUAGGAUAACGAAGAUAUAUAAUGUAAUACAUAUGGGGUUCCGAAUCAUAUGUAAACUAUAGUGCUUUGUAGUUGACACUCGCGUCCUUGCGUUUAUGGCGGGGGUCGGGUUUGUUUUUGAUUACACUUAAAUAACGUGUACUGUAUAGCCAUUUAGCAAAAUAUUUUAUUUUUUCUGACUAAAUUGACAGAAUCUAUGAUUUUUCUUUUUCAUGUUACAUGCUCAAAAAUGUUAAAUAUUACCUACUAACCAGAUCUCAAAAAUGCGGUAUUUUUUUUUCUUAUAUUUUAAGGCUGAAUCUGAAUAAAUAUUCAUUUAGUAACAUUUACUUAUCCAGUGGGCUUAGAUUGAUAGGUGGGCAAAGUUAAAAAUUGGCGCUUCCCUAAUUUAAAGUGUGAUGAAAACCCUAUAGUACCCUCUGCAAUAGGCGCAGCACGCGGCACAACAACGUUGACUGGUGCCGGCGCGAAUAUUACAUAUUGUUUAUGUAUGUCAUACGCAUCGACAUUGAAUUAUGGUUUAAAUUGUUUCCAUCGCGGCCGCACCACUGCAACGUCUUAGUAACACUGAGCUCUCACUGACAGAUUCUUGGUGUUCAUCAGCAAUAUAUAUUUUAUAGGUGAAAAUGUUGUAAAUGUAUUCGAAUGUGUUACCUUUCGUCGAGAUUAUGCCUAUAAUUUACAAAGCUGACUUCAAUAUAAAGACAUCAGUUUUGUAUAUUUUCACGUUCAAAAUAGCAAUCUUGAUGAGCAUAUGAUUCUGGCUAGUGGGGCAGAGUGGUUUUGAAUUCAGUAUAACAUAGCCUAGGACCGCGGAAAGAAUAUUGAAUUAACUGUAUAAGCACUUCGACUGGUCUCGCAAGCUUGCACCGGCGUUAACGGAACAGCAAGUUACUUUGUAAUAUUGCAACUUUGCCCAGGGCCAACUUGUAGAUACCGUGGGGCUACUCAAAACGUUGAGGGUACAUAUUUUUUUAAUUACAAUAGUUGGAGAAAAAGUUAUAUUAUAUUAUAAAUUUUUUUUCUGUGUCAAAGUUCAUUAACAUUAAGCUCGUUACGAAACGGUAUUUUACUUGUUUGCAUCUGACUGUAGAGAGCCUGACUUCAUCCUUGUUAGAGCAUAAUAUUUAGAAGUUUUAUUACUGGGCAAAGUUGCAAUUUUCGCCUACGGUUUAUUCCGUGAAACGUUAUGUUUGCGAGCCAGUGGAUAUGUCGCAUCUAUAGAACGAAAGAUCAACUCAAAACAAAUGCCAGUUUGGUUUUUAUUUUAAAGCAGUUAAGGUUGAAUUUGGAAUGCAUUUGUUAUGUGACUUGUGCUCUUUAGUUGUGAAGGCGCGAUAGUACUGGGGGCGAACGUUGACAUCCAGGUCAAACUGUAUGUUUUUGUAUUGUGUAAAUAUUUUGGAUUUAUUAAGAUUAUUAUAUUGAAUAAAAAAAAUAUUGUAAAUGUA